AUGGCCGGGAGGGGCGGCGGCACCGGCACCUCCCCGCCGCCGGGGCAGGGGGUGGGGGCUGAGGGGCGGCGGCGGCGGCAGCAGCCCCAGCCGCAGCAUGCGCUGCCCGGCCCCGGCCCCGGCCCCGGCCCCGCGGCUGCCCCGCGGCGGCCGCCCAGGGCAGAGCGGCGGCAGCGGGCGGCCUGGAUGGAGCCGGCCCCGCGCCGCUGCCCCGCCGAGCGGCCCGGCUGCCCGCAAAGGUGGCGCCGGCGGCUGCGCGGGCGGCGGUGGGCGCUGGCGGCCGGGCUGCUGGGCGCCGCCACCGCCCUCGCCCUCUACGCCUGCCUGCCGGAGCCGGCGGCGGCCCCGCGGGCCGCGGCGGGAGGCCGGGUCGGCGGCGAGGUGACCGUGCUGCUGUGGUGGCAGCCCUUCGGCCGCCCGCGGCGCAUGGCCGACUGCCGGCGGCGCUACAACAUCACGGGCUGCCGCCUCAGCGCCGACCGGAGCCGCUACGGCGAGGCGCAGGCGGUGCUCUUCCACCACCGCGACCUGGCGCUGCACGGCGCCGAGGGGCUGCCCCGCGGGCCCCCGCCGCGGCCCCCGCGGCAGCUCUGGGUGUGGAUGAACUUCGAGUCGCCCUCGCACUCGCCUGGCCUGCGGGGGCUGGCCGGCCUCUUCAACUGGACCAUGUCCUACCGGCGGGACUCGGACGUCUUCGUGCCCUACGGGUACCUCUACGCCCCGCCGGCGCCCCGGCCCUUCGUCCUGCCCCGCAAGACGCGGCUGGUGGCCUGGGUCAUCAGCAACUGGAACGAGGAGCACGCCCGGGUGCGCUACUACCGCCAGCUGAAGGAGCACCUCGCCAUCGAUGUGUACGGGGCGCGGGGGCUGGCGCUGGCCGAGGGCGGCGUGGUGGAGACUGUCUCGGCCUACAAGUUCUACCUGGCCUUCGAGAACUCCCAGCACACCGACUACAUCACCGAGAAGCUUUGGAGAAAUGCCUUCGCCGCCAGCGCCGUGCCCGUCGUCCUCGGACCCCGCAGGGCCAACUACGAGCGCUUCAUCCCCCCCGACUCCUUCAUCCACGUCGACGACUUCCCCAGCCCCCGGCUGCUGGCCACCUACCUGAAAUUCCUCGAUAAAAACAAACCCAACUACAGGAGGUAUUUUGCCUGGAGGAAGAAGUACGAAGUCCACGUCACCUCGUUCUGGGACGAGCAUUUCUGCAAGGUUUGCGAGGCCGUGAGAGCAGCCGGGAAUCAAAUCAAGACUGUACGAAAUCUGGCCAGCUGGUUCGAAAGCUGA